AUGCGACUGCUGCUUGCAGUGGAGGGCGUCGAUACGGACGCUAAGAUUGAUACAGGAUCCGGGGAGACGCCGCUGAUGCGCGCGGCGAAGUCGGGGCAUGACGAGGUAGUCGACUUAUUACUAAUAAUAUAUAGGGUUAAUUUGCAGCUAAGGGAUAAUAUAGGCAAUAUACUAUUAUUUCAGGCAGUUUUAGCUGGGUAUAAAAGAGUAGUAGACAUACUAUUAUAUUUAGAGGCUAUUAAUAUAGAAGUAAUAGAUAAUAAUAUAUAA